AUGAAAAAAUUAAUCGAAAAGAAUGUUAUAAAAAUAAAUUACCACAACUUUUUAAAUAAAUACAAAACACACACAGGGUGUGAAAGGGAUGCCACUGACAAAGAACUGUACGAACACUUCAUCAUAAAUCCGCUCACUUAUUCCGGACAGAGGGGAUGCUUACCAAAAGGGUUCAGUCACUGGAAAGAGCUCCAACAAUUGGAUGGAUUACACAUUUUUGAAAUUGUCGAUUAUGUCAAUGUGGGAGAGCGGCUGGACAAGUUUGAUGAGACCCACGGGGGGGAAGAUGACGAAGUGCAGGACUCCCCCAAUGGUUCGGAGGACUGUGGGGACUCGCCAUAUGAUGAUCCCCCUGAUGGUAGCAAGAUCAGUCGAUUUGACAAAUUGAAGAAGAAAAACGAAAAAAAUGAUAAAAUAAAGACAACAAAUAAAAUGGAUAAAAAUUACCUGCCCAACAAGGGAAAUUCCAAAAGAAGAAGAAUUUUUCGCUUUUUACUUUUCGAUGGGAAUAAUUUUAUUUAUGCCUAUGAGAAGGAGUACAACGAAAAUUUUAAUUAUCUAGAAAAGAGUACUUAUAGGUAUCCCAAAAUUAUUUUGUAUAAUAAACCCGCCAUUCAACGUGGGACUUUAUUGUUAAAGAAAAGUCAGGUGGCUAUUUUAUUUAAGGGAUGCAAAGAGUCAGAAACGGAUGGUGACCCUUUGGAGGAUGACCAGCUGGAUGAAGAGGCAUCCACUAUGGGGAACUCCUUCUUCCAUGGGGAGGACAACCAAAAUUACCAAGUCGCCAUAAAAAGGAGAGAAAACCCUAGUAUUAUCAAUUUAGCGGAUGGCCCAACAAAUUACACAUAUGAGGACAAAAUUGGGAUGCACCAAAAAAUCCAGUACAGGGAAAACCAGAAUGAUGACUCCCCCAGGAAAUUCUACUACGUAGAAGACACGGCAAAAAAUGAUUUCCAAUUUAACAAUGCGUACGUCAAAAGGGUAAAUCAUCCCAACGUGGAGGACAGAAGUAAGUCCAACAUAUGUAACAGGAUUAAUCAGCACAGCCUUGAUGCACUUGGCAAAGAAUAUCCCCAUAGCAAAGGGGAAUAUACAUGGGAAGGGCGUACUAAUGCGCACAUUGUAGAAACGGAACAUACACAGGGGGGGGAUAGCAACCAGAAUGGACAUUACAACCGAAACGGUAAGUGGAGCCACCUUCACAGUUUGGAAAAGAACAGGAACGGCUUCGAAAAAGAGAGAACCUACUUCUGCAAUGAGGAUAACGAUCGGCAAUACCACACAAACUGUGAUGACAAUUAUGCGAAAAACUCUGGUGAGGAUUAUCCAAGGUUGAGCGAAUAUAACGAUAGGAAGGAGGGGCCCAUUUAUUGGUCAAAAGAAACGAAGUACAAACGUGUCAGCAACGAACUGAAAGACACAGGUUAUCAAAGAUUAAAUGAAGCUGUAGGAGGAGACUGGAGUGACCACCUCAAACAUGGAAGCAAUAGAAACGAAGGAGAUACCAGCCAGUUUAGCAGUCAAUAUGGCAACUUUGGGCACAUGGCUCAUUAUCCCAUGAAUAUAAAUGAUUUGGAAAAGAAAAACGGUUUAACAGCGCUUGCAAAGGGACGGAGCGAACAAUGGAUGAUGGGCAACCGGUUCACAAAAACGCAUUCACCGAGUCGUGAAAACCAAAUGGGUGAGGCGCUGCAAAAUGUAGAACGUACACAUUUUGAGGUGAAAGACCCAGUGGGAAAGAACUUUGCUGGGCUGAGGAGCGGCGAAAAUUUUGGCGAAACAGAUCAACGCUGCGAUGCCAUAAACAAAAAAAAUGGCAACGAAUUGAUCGAUUUGACGGAAGGUUUUUUUCAGUCCGAUUUUUUUCACAAGACGCAAGAAUUGGACAGCGUGAAUAAAGGUAGCGAGGUUAUUAUUCUCGAUGACUGA